AUGUCGACACGGAAAUAUUGCACGAGCCAAGACCAGGGACUAUCGCGACAAAGUACGAAGACGUACAAGGCAGUUCGACAAAAAUCAAACGCUGAGCUUAGUGAGAAACUUCGCCGCUUAGACAAGGAACACUACACGACUAUCUCGAAACUCUUGAAUGAAAGGUACACUUGGAGAACGAUUCAUUACAAUUUACAACGCUCUGGAGAAGAGUCUUCUUCAGAUAGCGAUGGUGACAGCGGACCCGAAGACGUUCCACAUUGUACUUUCACUGCCGAGGAGGAAUGCCAAACUGUAGAGAAAAAGGUUCAGGGUGCGCUCAUGGACAACGCUAAGAAACAAAAUUUUCUUCAGUUACCGAGCAUAAUUGAGGAAUCAACGGCGAUUUCGAAACAGAGAUCUCCGAAAUUAGGUCGGAGUCCUCUUCCACCGCUGUCAGAACAUGGCUUCCCGACUCGUGUUCGACGAAACGCCGAGAGCAACCACGAAAGGCCGACAUUAACACGGCAGCGUCAACGAAGCACGACCCUUCCCGUGGGUCAUAUGUCUGGGGACAGACAAAGAAAGACGGACUUCAAGAAAAUGACGAAACAUGACAAGUUAUUUCAUGGCGAAGGAAAACGAGUGGGUGACGAUAAGUCCAGUCUGAGCAGAACUCAAGACGAUAAUGAAGUGAAGAACACGACUUUGUCGUGGGAGGAUCAGAUGCAUGGCUGUCGGUAUUUAAGAUCGCACAAGAGGAACUCGACAUCUGACAUUCUAGACUUGAAGGAAAUAUUUGACGUAACCUCUGAUAGAUCAACGAGUAAGAAUGAUUAG